UCAGUAACAGUUGACAUUGAUGAUGACAAUUUAGAAGCUGAAAACCCCCUAAGUAUGAAUUGUGCAAGUAGCGAUGAAAUGUGUGUUAUACCAAAUUUCCAAAAUCCAGAUGAUGAGGUUUUAGAUAUUGCUCCUGGUGAGAAUAAACAACCACAAUCUUUUUUUUCUGACCAAUACUGUGAGGAGCUUGCAUUUCCCUUUUUAUUUCCCACUGGAAAAUUUGGGUAUAAGGUUGCUAGACCAGUGUACUUGACAGCAACACAAUAUUUCAACCAGCGUUUGUUAAAUUUUUCCCAGCGCUUUUCUUCAAAUGCUAAUUAUAUAUAUUUUUUGCUCAUUAUGUAAUGCAACAGUCAAUUUGUUUAAUCAAAUAAAUAUUGCAACGAAAAAGGUAAAGGGCACAAUAACGGCUGGGCAGUUGCAAAUUAAUUUUCAUGAAACAGUUCGUUCUUUUAUUUGUGAAGGUCAAGGUUACCAAUUUAUGAACUUUAUUAAAGAAACACCUGCUUAUUGGAAACAUUUUCUUUACGAUGUUUUAGCAAUGGUUAAACAGUUAGGAUUGCCAUCAUACUUCCUUACUUUGUCAUGUGCAGAUUUGAGAUGGGAUGAACUGGUAGUGAUAAUAGGAAAAUUGAAUAACAUUGAUGUUAGCAGUAACGAAUUGGAUUAUUUUAGACGUUGUAGUAUUUUUAAUCAAAACCCAGUUUUAACUGCAAGGCACUUUCAAUACAGAGUAGAGAAUUUCUUUAGAGAAAUUUUGCUUCAUAAGAGUAGUCCUAUUGGCCAAGUAGCUAAUUAUGCUAUUAAAGUCGAAUUUCAGUUUAGAGGUUCACCCCACAUCCAUGCUUUUCUUUGGUUGUUAGAUUCACCAACUCUUACAAACGAAACCACAGACAGUUACACAUCUUUUGUUGAUAAUACAAUACGCGCAGACCUCCCUGAUCCAUUAAUUGAGCCUGAAUUACACAACCUUGUCUCUCAAUAUCAAAUCCACUCUCAUUCAAAUUCUUGUCGCAAAUACAAGAACAUUCCAUGUCGUUUUAAUUAUGGACGUUUCUUUACUGAUCGAACAGUUAUAGCCAGUCCAUUACCAGAGAAUAUGUCUGAUUCUGAAAAAUUGAGUUUAUUAUCAGAAAGAACUAAAGUAUUAAAGAAAGUCAAAUUAUUUAUCGAUGACAACUUAGACCCUAGUAAGCCUAACUACUUGAGCGACAGCUGCAAGUCCAUACCAGAGAUUUUAUUGGAACUUCACAUAUCAGAAGUUGACUAUUAUAGGGUUUUAGCAAUAUCUUCAAAUCAAGACUUUGAAACAUACUAUCAUCGACCACCAAAUUCAUGUUUUGUAAAUAAUUACUUUGCAGCAGGACUUUUAGCUUGGAAAGCCAAUUUGGACUUGCAGCCUGUGUUCAAUUAUUAUAAAGCAGUGUCAUAUAUGUGUUCUUAUUUCUCUAAAUCGGAAAAUGAGUCAUCUCUUGCAAUGAAAAAGGCAGCUGAAGAGUCUGAAAAUUUAAACUUGCCAGAUCGUAUGAGAAAAUUAGCCUUAGCAUUUUUAUCACACCGCCAAUGUUCAUUACAGGAAGCUGUUUAUCAGGUAUUGCCAGAGUUAUGGUUACGUAAAUGUUUCCCAGGAAUUGUGUUUGCUAAUACAAAUUUGCCUGAUAAAAGAUACAGAGUUUGUAAAUCUGAAGAAAAAUUAGAAGAAUUGCCUCCAGAUAGUACAGAUGUUUUUAAGCGCAAUAGUUUAGAUCGAUACAUGGAUCGACCCAAUGUUACAAUUAAGCGUGGUCAAUAUUAUAUGAUUGACAAUUUAUGUUUUGCUGAAUUUCUUGCGUAUUAUGUGCUGGACACAAGUAAAAAGCUUGACAUAGUAAAUGAUUAUCAACCAGAGGUUCUUUUAGAUGAUGAUGAAAUUUGUAAUCCCUUAUUGCGUUUACCUAAGUCUGUUCCUCUGAUGUCUUCCAAAGAAAAAUUGAAACGGAGAAAUAAAAAGCGUGUUGUCCGUUAUCAUACUCCUAAUCCAGUUAAUAAAGCGGAAGAGUAUGCCCACCAUUUGUUGAUGUUAUUUUAUCCCUUCAGAAAGGAAUCUGAUUUACUUAGCGAAGUUGGAAAUUCUUAUGUUGUUAAACUUAAUGAUCCUGAGGUUCUGAGCAUUGUUAAUGAGAACAAGGCUAGAUUUGAACCAUGGGGUGAUAUGGUAAAUAAUGUUUUAAUGAAUGCUGAUUUUUCACCUCGAACUGAUCAAUUUGCGCAACAAGAGAAUGACAAUGUUGAGGAAAAUGUAGUUAGGGAUAAUGAAUAUCAAGGUGAACAAGCUCAAGGUUUAAAUGCUGCAGCUUCUUCGAAUGCAGGGCACACAUCAACACAGAUUAGUUUAAUGUCAGAUGAUAGUAUUAAUGAAUUAAUACGUAGUUUAAACGAAAAACAACGUUUUCUUUUUGACGUAGUUAAUAGAUGGGCCCGAAGGGAUGUUAAAAAUUUAUCAGCUGAAGAAGUUACAGAAAAUCCUCCUUUGCAUUUAUUUGUUACAGGUGGUGCAGGAACAGGCAAAUCCCAUUUGAUCAAAACUAUAAGUGCAUCAGUUUCAAAAACUUUAUGUUAUAGGUCUUCAUGCAUUCAAAAACCAAAUUUGCUUUUGCUUGCACCGACAGGUGUUGCAGCGGUGAAUAUCAAUGGAACCACAAUACAUUCAGCUUUAGGAAUUUCUGUAGAGUCUCGUGGGUUAACCCUUCACAAGCUUCCAGAUAGAAAGAGAUGUAAAUUAAGGCAAGAGCUAUCAGAUGUUAAAGGUAUCAUUAUUGAUGAAAUAUCUAUGGUAUCCAAUAAGUUACUGUUGUAUGUGCAUCAAAGGUUAAUAGAAAUAUUUGGAUGUGUUUCUGAUUUUUCAAAACCAUUUGCUGGCUUAACAAUAAUUUUAGUGGGUGAUUUGCAUCAAUUACCCCCCGUAAUGCAAAAACCAAUUUAUGCAGAAUUCAGCGAUGAAUUGUAUAACAUUUAUCCACUAUGGCGAAACUUUCAGAUGUGUGAAUUGACUGAAGUUAUGAGACAACGGGGUGAUACUGUUCUAAUUGACCUACUAAAUAAUGUUAGGCUAGGAACUCUAUCUUCACAGGAUGAACAUCUCAUCCGUUCACGAUUCAUUGAUGAAAAUAGUAAACACUACCCAAUAAAUGCAUUGCAUAUUUAUGCAGAAAAUGAGCCAGCUAGAGUUCAUAAUGCAAGAUUGUUAAAUAGUUUAAACAGCGCUUUGAUAACAAUAGAUGCCAUUGAUCAAGUUCCGAAAGAAGUCCCUUCUCAUGUUUAUGAAAGAAUUCAAAACUUAAGCCAAUCAAGAACUGGUGGAUUAGCUUUCCAGUUAUCUUUAAAGAUAGGUGCUAAGGCAAUGUUGACAUCUAAUAUUGACAUUCCUGAUAAGCUAAUAAAUGGUCAAAUUGGUACAAUAGUCCAUGUUGUAGCGCAAAAUGAUUCAAUUAAAACCAUUUAUGUUGAAUUUGACAAUCUAAAUGUUGGAACAAAUAAAAUACGUUCAGACAGACUUGCACAACAAUUAAAUGCAGUACCAAUUGAUCGAGUGACUACCGAAAUAAGAACAAACGAGAAAAAACUUUCCUCUCCGGUCAUUAAACGUACCCAAUUUCCUUUAAUGUUAUCAUGGGCUUGUACUGUACACAAAGUUCAAGGCCUAAGUUUACAAGAGGUUGUCAUUAGUUUUAAUUUGCUGAAACAGAGAUCAUUCAAUAAUGGACAGAUGUAUGUAGCUCUCAGCCGUGUAACGUCUUUGAAAGGGCUCCACUUGAUAGGGGUGUUCAAGUCCAGUGCCAUCAAUGUUGACGACAAAGCUAAAAAAGAAUAUCAGUAUUUAACAGAAAAUCAAAGUUUAAGUUUUACAACAGAUUUGGUGGCAAAGGAAUCCGAACAUAGCAUAUUGUCUUUAGUUGUUUGUAAUGUAAGAUCAUUGCGUAAGCAUUGCAAAGAUUUAUCUUGUGAUAAAACACUUUCAUCUAGUGAUAUUAUUCUCUGCACUGAAACGCAACUGACAAAUACUGAAAAUUUAACAGAUAUCAUGAUUGAUGGUUUUAAAUUGACGUGUAAUAAUGAUAAUGAACACAGAUUUUCUAGCUUAGCAAUGUAUUACAAAAACAAAAUUAAAUUACUAGAUCAUUUCAAAAUUAAUGGUUUUUCUGUUUUAGAAGUUUUAAAUAGCCAUAAUCUUCCAUUAAAAAUUAAAAUAUUGUUAUUGUACAAAAAAAAAGAUAUGCUAGUUGGACAAUUUUUAGAAACUCUAGGCUACCUUUCUGUGUCUAUGAACAUUGAUAUUGUUGUUGGUGAUUUUAAUCUAAAACCAAAUACACUGCUAGAACAAACGCUUAAUGGUUAUGAACAGGUUGUUUCAGAACCAACGCAUUUA